GAGCUCUCUAUACCGAGAGUGUAACGAAGGUGUCACGCGCUGGGAAGAAAAGUAUAGAUAGACUGGUUCCCGUUCGUUCCUGCGACAGACUGAUUGAAAAAGCGGAACAAGUGCAGCGACACCAAGCGGAGGAUCCGGGAACCAGUCUAUAGUAUAGAGAGCUCCGGGAACGUACUAUCGCUGUGAGGAGCUUGGGUGCUACGUGAAGGGACAUAACUCUGGUAUUUCAUGGUACUUCCGGAAAGUAAACAAGCAGAACGAAAGCAAUGUUUGGGAAGAAGAAAGAUGCGCCUCAGACUCAAUCGAGGAAGGGGACAGCGUUAAUGAAUCAAAUGGGGUUUGGUGGUAUAGAGGAUGACACAAUGCACGGGGGAAUGGAUGAUGAUGAUGACUUGGAGGCGGAGCUGGCAGCUCUGACUGGUGGGGAGGUAAAGAGACCAGCGGCCAAGAGGAAAGCUCCACUAGACAUGUCCGUGAUUAACAACAUGGCUGCUGAGAGUAUGAGAGACAUCGGCAGUGAUGAAGAGCUGUCUGACACUGAGGACCCAGACUUGCUGGCUGAGCUGGAGGAUCUGAAUGCAGGUGACAGCCCCUCCCCACCCCAGUCUACCCCCACCCCCGAGAAGAUGCCCUCCUCCAACUCCUCAGACCAGGCGGUCCUGCUGCAGGAGAGGAUGGUCAUGUACCAGCAGGCCUCCGCCAAUGCCAAGGCUGCAGGAGACGCUUCCAAACAGAGGAGACUCGACAGGGGGUUGAAGACACUGACCGACAUGUGUAAGAGAGCUAAGUCGGGCCAACCUGUUGAUGAGACUGAGAUUCCUCCCCCUGUAGCGCUCGGUGCUGCCUCAAUGCAGUCCUCGCCUAAACAUGAAGUCAGUCCAUCACAACCAACCCUGGCUAAACAGCCAUCCCCAGCUACACAGCCAUCCCCAGCUAAACAGCCAUCUCCAGCUAAACAGCCAUCUCCAGCUAAACAGCCAUCUCCAGCUAAACAGCCAUCUCCAGCUAAACAACCAUCUCCAGCUAAACAGCCAUCUCCAGCUCCCCGUGUGCAGCCGACUGUGCCUCUACAACCUCCUGUGACUUCACCAGCCCCAGCAGCCCCAGCAGCAAAUGCCAGUGAGCUGAAGGUGUUGCAGACAAGGCGGGACCAGUACAGAAGUGCUGCCCUGAUGGCCAAGAAGAACAAUGAUCUCCCCACUGCUGCUAGAUAUGUCAAGAUAUGUAAACAAUUUGACAGUGUCCAGGCUGCGGCGGGCGACGGGCGACCUAUAGACUUGACUCAGAUGCCUCCACCACCACCAGAAUUUGGAGGACCCCAGGUCAAGGAAACAACACAACCACCAACAGCACCCAGGGUAGAGCGAGCUGCACAGCAGGCUGCCCCGCCCGAACCUGAGGGGGAUGAAGAAGUUCCCCCACCCCCGUCAGCAGAGGAGGCUCGUGAGUUGUUCAAGGCACCGGAGGCUCCAGGUUCGGUGAUGGAGGCUCUGCAGCAGAGGCUACAGAAGUACCAGUCAGCAGAGGCUGAGGCUAAGACAGCUGGGGAGGGCAGCAAAGCCAGGAGGAUGGGCCGGAUAUCCAAGCAAUACCAAGAUGCUAUCAAGGCUGUGAAAGCUGGGAGGCAGUUUGACUUCACCGAGUUGCCUUCACCCCCAGGUUUUGCUCCUAUCCCUGUGGGUAACACUGCUCCGGCUGCUGCCCCCUCCCACCAACCCCCAGCAAAGCCCCAGGGUCAGGUAGCCCCCUCCCCACAGAAGGCCCCGCCCCAACCAGCUCCAGCAGCUGCCAGGCCUGCCCCUGCACAGCAGCCCCAGAUCAACAAGACAGCAGGUGCAAGGAAGAGCAUCUCAUCACGUGCAGAGCAGCAGGAACGCUUCCUCCAAGAGCGGUACGAGGAGUUCAAGCAAGCUGCACUCAAGGCCAAGCGGUGCAAUGAGAUCGAGCUGGCCAAGAACUACAUGAGGUGUAUGCAUGGGAUGAAGCCCAUGUUACAAGCUGCUGCAGCCGGUCUCCCCGUCGACCUGUCACAGGUUCCCCCCUCCCCGAUAGCAGACAUCGAGGAUGAGGACAAGUUUAUCGUUGUGGAAGCUGAUGAUUGCACACCGACAGGAGACAGGGAGGAGGUGUUUGACACACUCAAACAGGAUCUCAUCAAGCAGAUCAGGAUAAGUUCCACUAAUUCUCAACACUUCACCAAGCUGGGAGACGUGGCCUCUGCUGCUAAAUUUCAAAAGUUAGAACAGAACAGUCGCAAGGAUCUGGAAGCGUUGAAGAAUGCAAAGCUGCACGGAGACCCAGUGCCCAAGUUCCACUAUGAGACCCGCAGCUUCUCAAUCGUCAAAUGUAACACAGAUCUUGGAGACAAUGACCUGGAGCUGGGCAUUGUGAGAGCAAUACAACUACCCCUCCCCUCAGGUCAUUCUGAAAAGGACUUAGAUACUUAUGUGAAAUAUGAAUUUCCGUUUCCAAAUGAUGAACCCCAGACAGGACACACGGAGACGCUGAAGGGCUUUGUAGAUCCAGAAUACCAAGAAACUUUCAAAGUAAAAAUUGAUCGAAAGGCACGGUCCUUUCACAGAGUUGUUGAGCGGAAGACAAUCAAGCUAGAAGUGUACUAUAAACGGGGCUUCUUCAAGGGAGAUAAACACCUAGGAACAGUCAGCAUUAAGCUCCUCCCACUCGACCAGCACAGCACUGUGCAUGACAGUUACGAUCUGAUGGAUGGCCGGAAGACUGUCGGGGGAAAGCUGGAGGUGAAGAUCCGGAUCCGUGACCCAUUCAAGAACAAGGAGGUGGAGACUGUCAAAGAAAAGUGGCUUGUUAUUGACCAGUUCCUUCGGACAUUGAAGUCAGGGGCUGCAAAAAAUCCCCAGAUUCAAAGACAAAAGAGAAAUGAAAAGUCCAGUAUCUGCAUAUUGUCAUAACGGAGGAGGGAUUUCACAAGCUGCAGCGCUUUCUUCAAAACAGUCUAACCUGAAUUAUCUGUGAUAUGUUUUAACUGUGUUCACUCCUCAUUUUGUGACAGUUCCUUUGUGAUAUUGAUCUGUGUUGAUUGUUUCUCAGUAGUUGCAAUUUGUUAAAAACAUACAUUCCUCAAAACAAUGUAUGUGCAAAAAAUUUAUCCGUCCAAAUUUAUUUUCCGCUACAUAUUUUGUGUGCAUUUUAUGUCUUCAUAUUCUCAUGAUAUUUUACAUCUGAUGGCAUUAUUGGUAUCCUAAUAUUGUUGAUAUUAUUCAUUAUAAAUGUUGCUCAGUUGGUACAUUAACGGUUGCAUAUGACCUUUCCUCCACAUUUACAUGACUCAAUUGGAAUAUACCUUUUAACUCAAAUAUAUUUUUUGAAGUGACUUUAAGCCAAAUGCACACACAUCAUGCAGUAGAUAACAGCUGACAAUCUGUUUUACAGCAUGAUUUUAUAAUGCCAGAGUCUCACAGUGAAUGGCAUGAGUACAAUCCACUGCAUGCAGUUGUGGGAACAUUAUCAUUUUACACAUAUUCUUUACUCUGAUACAGUUCCUCUUUGCGUGAAGAUCUGAGGAUAACUCCAUAGGAGGUCAUGUCAGAUGAACUUUCUUAUCAUCCAAUCAGUGUCAAGAUUCUAAAUACUUGGUAUGUUUGAGCAAGGCAUUCAGAACAGCAUCUUUGAGUUCUGUAUCUUGAAAAUGAACACAAGCAGACAGAUCUGAAUGGAUAUAAGAGAGGCUAGCUAUGAUCAUGAUGAUGUUGUGCAUAUCUUAUACACAUGGUUGUGUCUGAUAGCUUUCUACACAGAAAUGGAUGUCCUAAUGAUGGAAUAUUUCUGUUCUCUGUGGGUUCUUUAUAAUGUGGGAAGAUAUAGGCAUAUAAUACGGGGGGAUAUAGUCGACGCCUCAUCCGUCUGUCUAUCCGUAAUCAUUUUGUUUCUGGAGCGUACUUUUUCAACAAUAAUUGUCGGAUAUUUCAAACAGGUCUUGAAGUGGUGCCUAUUGCUAUUUACAGAUUUUUGCAUUUUUCUUUUUCUUGAUUUCCAUGGAAACAAUUAGGACUUAGUCUUAUAAGGGGGUGGAUUUCAUUUCCGGAGCUAAAAAAACGUUCAUUAUCUUUCAACAAAACUUGGCAGAUGUAUCACUCAGAUCCUGGGGGGGUGCCUUUUCCUAUUUGCAGAGUUUUGUCAUUUUUAUUUUUCUCGAUUUCCAUGGAAACAAUUUGGACUUAGUCUGAAAGGGUUGGUAGGUGUCGUUUCUGGUGCUUGAAAACUUGAAAACUGUGACAGACUUUUCAAACCUGGUACAUGUAUUCACCAAACGGCUGAAGUGGUGCCUUUUGCUAUUUAGGAAUUUUUCAAAAUUUAAUUUUUCUUUGUUUCCAUGGUAACAAGUUAGACUUGGUUCAUGGUGGUGUGCUUUUCUGGAUCAUAUCUCCUGAAACAGUGCACACACAAAGACCAAGUUGUCAACUGGUACCUUUAGCUAUUUAAGAAAUUUUAGAAUUUAAAUGUUUCUUUGUACAUGUCAGCAAGUUCAUAGUGGUGUGUUCCGAAUCUCAAUACCAUGGUAUAGUUUUGAUAGCUCAGUAACUACUCUUGCAUAUGGAUGACAGAUUAGAUUGAAAUUCUCUCAUCAAAUUGGACUUAAGGUAACAGUCUGAUGAUUUGAUCUUUUGAAAUUGUAUGGGCUGGGGGGAUUUGUAAUCUUCUAAAUACUCUUCUUUUUUAAUAUCAAAAUUUCCAAAUCAAAUCUGAUUGGCUAAAAAAAAUGCAUCCUUCAGAUUUAGAUUGGGUAUCAAAGUUGCUCAGGUUUCACCUGACGCAACCUUCAAUGGAGGAUUUGUCAGAUCUUUACACAGAGAGGCAUUGUUACAGAGUACAAGAUCAACUUUAAUGAGAUUGUCAAGUAAACAUUCUUUUAAUACAGUGUUGCGUUUGGAAACUCGUAAACAGCUGAUAAUUGCAUCUCUAGUCCUGAAUCUUGUGCCAAGCAAACAGUUUACAACACAGCUCGAACUCAGGAACAUGUUUGUUCUAGUUUUUUACACAUAAAACAUAUCACUUUAGUGUGAAGAACACCUGGAUGAAGUGUCAGUAAAAUACUGCUCAGAUUAACAUUGUCUGUUAUUGUGUCCAUGUAUGCUUUAAUUCUAAAAAUGCCAGUGUAUAUUAUUUUUUUACUAGAGACAUACCAUUUGUGGGCUAAAUGUGGAACCUGAACAUAUUUAUACAUGUAUUUUGCAUUAAUUGUAUUGUGGUUGUUGUUGUUAGAAUAUCAUUUCAAUGUUUGUUUGUUGGUUUGUUGUUUACGCUGCACUCAGCAAUAUUUCAGCUAUA